GAUCAACAUCAGGAUCAUAUUUGUAAUUUUCAAUCGUGGGCGCGGUGACAGACUAGCAGCACGCAGGAUGAGGGUUCCCUCCAAGGUGGCUAUACAAAAGAUAGUGACGAGACAUAGGAAGAAGAAAGAGCGUAUCUCUAAGCGUGCAGCGGCGGAAAUGUACCUCUUCUACCUGUGCUUCAUGAAGAGACUCGCCAAGAUAUGUGACGACUACGCCUUAAGACAAAACAAGCUUGUCAUUGGGGAAGAAAUUGUCAGAAAACAUGCACCUAAACUUCUGAAGAGUCUGAGCUUCAUUGAAACUUUGAAGACAACGCUGCCUCCCGAACUAGUCAGGGAGAUGGCCAGCAGUGACUUAGAGAGUGAGGAUGAACUUAUCUCGGAUGAGGAAUGAAAAGGUGUUCUGCCCAAAAGUUGCUGAGAUGUAAAGUUUAUUUAGAAGGAGUUAAGUUACUGUGAAAAAUAUAAUACUUUACAGACCUGCAAUAUAACAUUUAUCCUAAAAGUAUUCCUGUAUUUGCCUUAUGUUGAUGCUGGUGAAUGUCCAUAUAGUACAAUGAUGUAUACAGAUAUUCAUGGAUGUGUCAUUUUCAUGCACAUUUGAAUAAAUAUGAAAUUAAUAU